UGAAAAAUUUAAAAGUUGGCAGCUCUUCAUACCCGUGCGAAAAAACAAACGAGUUGGCAGCACCCGUGUGAAAAAAACCUGAAACCAUCAUGCUGAGAAUCACCGCACGUAGCUUGGCAAGCGCCAUGCGCAACACCGUGGUCCCGACCUCUACCCGUGUGGCGGCCGUUCGCAGCCUGCACGGCACCGAGGAGUCCGCGGAGGAGUUCGAUAAGCGCUACGAGAAGUACUUCAGCCGCGAGGGCAUCGACGGCUGGGAGAUCCGCAAAGGCAUGAACGACCUGUUGGGUAUGGAUCUGGUGCCCAGCCCCAAGAUCAUUGAGGCUGGCCUCCGCGCCUCCCGUCGCGUCAACGACAUCGCCCUGGCCAUCAGGUGGCUGGAGGGUUGCAAGGACAAGUGCGGCGACCAGAAGGCCACCCUCUACCCCUACUUGCUUGAGAAGAUCACUCCCACGCUCCAGGAGCUGGGCGUGCCAACCCUCGAGGAGUUGGGCUACGACAAGCCCGAGCUGGCCCUCAAGUCAGUGUACGAUGCCUAAGCCUCUUAGUUUAAUUUCAAAACAGAGGAACACAAACACACACACUGCAGACACACUAGCUACACCCAUCCUAUGUAUGGAGCGGAUGAACAUGUUGUUGGAUUAAUGUAAUAAACGGAGACUGGAGUGGAUUGGAAUACACACCAAC